UUUCAGGCUGGUAAUCAGAGAGAGGCAGUGAAACUCAUGACACAGGUGUGUGCAGAGUGGAUGGAGUCAGGGCAUGCUGAGGACUUGAUCAGAGCUGCCAGACAUUAUGAACGAGCAUCUCAGAUAGUCAUUAGCCAGCAGAUUAACAAGAAAAAGCCUAUUGGGGCUCGUGUGUGCUUCAUCCCUGAAUUCCACAUUGUGUGUGUUCUGCGUGACUGGUCAGGUGGAGAUGUGCACCUUACUUGGAGUGAGCUUGAUGAGCUGCGUGAUUAUGACAACCCUAUUGCUCCUGGAGCUCUGGUGAAGACUGUUUUGCUUUACUGCCAACUGUUGGACCUCACUAGUGAAGAGUCUUUGGCUACACAGUUGAAGCAAAGGUAUGAUGGUGGUUUGGAGGUUGAGGUGUGGUCGCACUUACCCCAAGGUUCAGGACUAGGAGGUAGCAGCCUCCUGGCAGGAACGUUGUUGUCAGCCAUUGUUGUGUUGCUGGGUCAUCCAGCACCCAGACCCUCACACCUCAUCCAUGCCACACUCUGCAUCGAACAGUGGCUGACAACUGGUGGUGGAUGGCAGGACCAGGUUGGUGGUCUUGUUGGAGGAGGGAAGCUUGGUGUGAGCAGCCAGGGAACACCCGUCACGGUCUCCACUUAUAACAUUCCUCUCUCCCACACAUUUGUCACCUCCAUUAAUCAGCAUCUUCUCUUACUUUACACAGGCAAGGUAUCCAAGCUCAUGACCACCCUACAGGAGCACUGUUUAGGCAUGUCUCUGGCUGGAGCUGGUGGAGGUGGCUACCUUUAUGCACUAAAAGCCAGGCCUGGUCCACUAGCAGACAGUGUUGACCUGGGUGACCUAACUAGUGACUGCGUAGAAGUAGACCAAGAAGGGCUGGAGUUGUGGGUAGCUGGUGAAGCAGUUACUCGAGCCACUGAAGAUGAAGAUGUCUUGAAUCAUGAAACAUUGAUGGCAUUGCUUGAAACAAAAAACAAAAGGUUUUUGUAG